AUGGAGGACCAGCCAGACACCUACAGCAACCUCCGAACGCUGGAAAAGGCCAUUUGCACUUGGCGGGAAGAGCAGCGCCAAUGCAAAGAAACCCGCUGUGAACUUAUAAUCCAGGAGUUGGAACUUGAAAAAGGGAAAAGCACCAGGUUCGUGGCUCCUGGUGAAGUUAGACUGUACACCAACGGCGUCCUUUUGGAUGAGAGCCAUAUAGGGGAUUUAAUCUUUGACGUCAAUACGGGGACAGAGAUUGUUGAGAAAACCAUUCUUACGUUCCGCUUAGAGUGCGUGCUUCCCCAUGGGUGGCAACUUAAACCAGAUUUUAAUGUUGGAUGCUUUGUAAUAGCAGCAGACAGCGACACGUCACACAUAUUUGUGUCGAUGUUGGCCAAUGGACUGCUGGACGCCAGCGGAAUCGAAAAAGCCAAGACUGAAGUAAAGUACGACACAGACACAACAAUUUGCGAAAGGCAAGUCACCGCAAACUGUCUGAAAUUGUCUAUAUCAAGCACCACUACAAUAAGCUUGCGAGAUGAGCCUGUACAUCGGCUGUUCAAUUCACAAUUGUUCAAAUUGCAUGUCAGUAUCCAAAACUCGAUAGCGGUACAGAAAUAUCACCCUGGCAGCAUUUUACUGCGCACUGCAUUGGUCUCAAACUUCUCGAGCUUUCUAAACUUUGUCCUUGGUGCGAUCACAUUCGGCUACUUCCGCAGAACAACCACGCUGCUCAGUGCCGUGUCGACGCUGUCCAUGUUUGUUUCCUCGCUUUUACUCACCACCGUCAUCAUCUUGCUUUACGUCGACGCCUAUAGCAUAUUCCAGCAGUUUGCCGCGUCGUUCAAAUACUUCUUCUACUGGUGGAUCGUCGUGAUUGUGCAUUGUUUAUUAUCGAUGGCUAUCUGUGUCUACUUCAACAUGGCAAAUGAGAAAUACAUCAUCAGCCGCGCCGUGAGCGGAAAACACACUUUUGUGAACGACCGCGGAACAGUCGAGUUCGUUAUCUAUUUCCAGACGACCUCAAUUGUUCUCGUUCUGGCCCUCUUCUCCAUCUCUCUGCUCAGAGCCAAGAAAAGACUCAACAAUUUUCUCAACCUCACGCUGAAAAGCCGCGACAUUCAACUUUAA